GGGGCGAAUUUCCGGCGCGAGGGAGGAUCCGUUGCUGGCCUCCGGGGAUCGUCGGGCGCCUCGUCCCUCCUUUCGCGGUCAUGCUGCUCCUCCUGCUGCUCUGAGCCAUGGGCGCCAGCGGCUCCAAGUCUCGAGGCCUCUGGCUCUUUGGCUCGGGUGGGCCAGGCGGCUCCGAGAGGUCAACGGGCGAUCAGACGCUGGCAAGAGCUCGGGGACUCUGCUCGGCUACCCCCUUCGUCUUCACCCGCCGCGGCUCUAUGUAUUAUGAUGAGGAUGGUGACCUUGCACAUGAGUUUUAUGAGGAGACAAUAAUCACCAAGAAUGGGAGGAAGCGUGCCAAGCUCAAAAGAAUUCACAAGAACCUGAUACCUCAGGGCAUGGUGAAACUGGAGCACCCUCGGAUUCAUGUGGACUUCCCUGUAAUCAUCUGUGAGGUCUGAGCCAAGAGAAAGUUACUGUGUGCCGUCAGUACAUCUUAUUCGGCCAGUUUUACUGCACCUCAUGUAAACCAUGCUAGGCAGCCACAUGUCCCUGCAGAGGAUGAAUUGGGGGCACGAACAGACAGCGGGCUUUGAUGCUUCUCUGCUUGGAGGCAGUGACAGCAACUGCGGCACUGGGCACACUUCUGACUUAUCAGGCAUAAUAUUGUCUAAGGAUGUAUAUUAGUGGGACCUGUGUCAGAUGGGAAGUCAGGCCUUGAUUAGGAGCCUAUCAAAAUUUCCUUCACUGAGUCAACUAGAACGUUUCUAACAGCUGCUCAUUGAUGCUUAGGGGGCAGCAGAUGUCAAAUGUCUUGACACUAGAGGGCCAACUUGCACUUUUUUGGGAACAGAUAUUCCGCGUGAUUACCCCAGUCAGCUUUUACAAAAGUUGAUAACUGACAUUUCAGCCUAUUCCAAGAUGAGUAAAGGUGAGCAGAAAACUUCUUACGCUUCUUUGUCCACUCACUCACCCGCUUACCUUAUAAGCAUAGGCCGAAAGACUUAAUACUCGACUAUAUCUUUGUGGAGGCAGGGAGAGUAAUGUUGCACUUAAUAAACUGUUCAAAACAGAAUCAUUUUUGAAGUGGUCGUAGGAAACAGACAAGUAGGUUGUCCUCUCUUUGUUAUAUUUCCCUUGGGAGUUGCACUAUUUCCUUUGCAGGUUUCAUCUUUUUGAACUUUGCAAGAUAGAAGGUGUGAAGUAGCAUCCGGAUAUGAAGCUUUUCUGUUAAAGCGCACCAAAUAGAUUACAUCUUAGGAAGCAUUUGUCUUUCAAGAGGGCAUCCUUCCCUCACCUAGAGCCCUCCAAUAAAUGCUAGAGCACAGUGACUGUAGGGCAGGGAUUUUGCUAACUGGAGCUGAUGAGAUUCAUAAUCCAGCAUCUUCUCUGGAGAGCCCCAUGUCAGGAGAACAGACUUCUCUCUUCAUUCUUGUGGUAGAAUAACUUGUUCCCAUAUUGGUUUCCCAUGUUGCACAUGGAGAGCCUCCACCUAUGGUCCUCCAUGUGUUGCUGAAUUGCAGAUUCAAGCAUCCUCCGCCGUCGGCCAUGUUGUCUGGGAUUGCUGGAGAGCCAAAGGUUUCCAUCUCUUUCUUAGUUUAUAUUGUCUCUACUAAGACCAUAGUACUUUGGUCAAAAUGUUUGCCACCUAAUUUGGCCUGUGCAUUUUCCCCUUCAUCUCCCUCUGCCGGCAAAUAAUAACAAAAUCCUGUGAUCUUCCUUUGGCAGACUCCUUGGAUUGGACCAAGUAGUGUCUGAUGGGGGAGAAUGCAAGCACACUUGGAAGGAGAGUUACAUCUUUUCUAUUUUGAAGGGCCUUACCCUUCUCCCCGAUGUAUGAAUGUGGAAUGUUUUGCUAUGGUACUGAUAGCUGAGCAAGUACUGAAGCAGUAUGCCUACCUCUUCAUCCCAGGCUUCUUGCUUUCACGAUGUACAGCUAUCUGCUGCUGAGAGGUGAUCAGGCAAACCCCAUUAAAGGCACUCUUACAAAGAGGCUUUCAUAUGCAAUGUACAGCCAAACGAUCCUUGCCUGCCUGCCUGCCUUUUUACCCACCCAUCGGACUUGGUAUUAAGCUUUAAAACUGGAGUAUGGGUGGGUUCAUUGCACAUCAUAUUUCUUUCCCAGAGUGUGUCAUUGCCUUUCUGAGCACUUCAGGCAUUGCUACCUCAAUGUUCAGUAUAAUUAGCUUGUACACAGUUGCAUCGCAAUAUUAAUGUGCAUCCUUUCAUCUCCACUCAUGCAAAGAAAUCAUUUUUAAGCAUUAAAAGCCUAAGUAGAAGGGCCACAGACUGCAUACAGCAAUGCUGACAGAGGUCUGCCUAUUCACUUUCUUAUCUUUGCUCCUCUUAGCUAUAAGUCUGUGUUACAUAUUAGGAUUGAUACUUGGACCAUAGUUCCCAUUUGUUUCCUCAGUUGCCACUGCUUUGCAUAAUCAGGUUAUGAGUUUACCAGUUGUAUGAUCCUGUCAAUAGAAAGUGUACAAACAGCAACACCCCCUUAUGUAGUGAAAUCUGAAUUUUGAUUCACUUUUAAAGUGAGUAAAGUGAUAAUCAGAAUCUGACAUUUCUGAUCUUUAUUAGGGAAGGAAAUGUCAUUGCAGUGAAACAAGAGCAUCCUGCGGAUCGAGAUGAGUUUGCAAACUUGCUGGACCAACAAAUGCUCCCAUCUCAGCACGAUGGUCCAUAAUGAAUCAUAGGUUGUCAUCAAGGAGCUGAACUAUGCUACUUCUUGAGUAAUUGAGCGGAAGGCUGCUUAUUAAGAAGCUUACCUCAAAAGUAGGUCGGAAGAAGCAGUUUGCUUAGUGUUGGGUCACAUUUUAUCUUCAAAAUGGAAUAUUCUACUCUCCAAUCUAGAGAUUUUAUUCAUGGGAGACAAUGGAAGGCAUGUUGGUUACAGUCUUUCUCAUAUCUACAUUUCUAAAAUACCUGGUUUAUGUUCUUCCAGUGGUUAUUUUUUGAGCAAGCAAAUGCCCUGUGAUCAGAAAAGUACUGUGCUAUGUUGGGUUUCAUUUUCCUUGUGACUUGCACAGCAAGUUUCUCCCACUGUUGUUUUGACUGGCAUCUAAAUGGAGCCUCUGUGCAAAGGAGGUCUCAUUUCUGCCAAGCUUGACAUCUCCUAAGCUGCAGUAGAUUCCCAGGAGAAUAUCGGCAGCUGACAUCUCUUCAACUCUCCAAGGCCAUCCCCUUGCCUGUCCACUGUGUCUCCAGCUGUGCAGUUGCUCUGCUGGGAUUCUGCCAUCCCUCUCAUCUUGCUUUCUAUAGCACCUCGGCUCCUCGUGCAAAUGGCAGCUGUGAUGAGGGAGAGGGCUUGUGGAGACUACUUUAUAUAGGAUGCUGAUACUGUGAAAGCAGAUGAUGGUAUAUAGACAAAAAUAUUGAUAUAUAUCACUAUCUUUGGAAUAAGCAAAAAGCUCUAUUUCAUUUUAAUGGUCCUUCUGUGCGUGUGGUUGUGUAGAACUGAACCCACUGGCACUGCCCUUUCUGUUCUUGUAGCACACAGAAAGGAAUCCUGGAGGCAAACAUGUACGAUAUCUAUUUCCUCUGCCUUGAAGUGCAUUUGUUGAAUUUUGUUAAAUUUCAAUAAAAUUGUUUGUAUAUCCCAGAA